AUGGAGGACAGAAGAUGGGUUGUGCUUAUCUUCGUGUGUCUUGCUCUUGCUCUCGUUCUCCCGAUGAUAUUGGUCCACGGCUAUGCAAAGAUGAGGAUUGAGAAGCGCAUGUCAGCCAGCGAUCUGAUCAUUGCGCUUGCAGAUGCAAUAUGCCAGAUCGUCGCAUGCCUGAAUGGGUUCGGUGCGCACCUGGCAGAUCUGGACCAAGACUUCCACUACCUCGACUCACCACCAACACACAACGGCAACGUCACCGAAGCCCUGAGAGUCUGGUAUCUCACCACCCUCUUCCACAUCCUCGCCGCUGCCUCCAGCCGCACCUCCGUCGGCCUCGCCUCCAUCUCCCGCAAAGCCUUCCCCUCGAAACGGCGCCUCGUCUCAAUCAACCUGAUCAUCUCCACCGCCAUCAGCAUCCUCUUCUUCUUCCUCCUCCUCUUCCAAUGCACGCCCGUCCCCACCUACUGGUCGCGCGACCGCACCGCCGCACAAGCAGCCUGCUACACCUCGGAGCUGAUGGCCCCAUGGUACGCAUUUCUAGGCGUGAGCAUGGCGGCGGAUUCGGUGCUGACGUGCUUCGCCGUGGCGUCGGCGAUGGGGCGACGGCAGGGGCCGGACGUGGGAUGGGUGGGCAAAGGCAUCACCGGGCUCUUCAACGUCGUCGCAUUCAGCCACGUCGCCUCCACCGCCAUCCAAAUCACCUACGUCCCCGCCCUGACCGACCUCGACGACCUCACAUACUCGGCCACGCCCUUCGCGCUCCUCGCCCUCGUCGGCCCCACCACCGCGCUGCUGGCGUCGCACGCCGCGAAGGCCAUGCCCCUCCUGUUCGUCCUCAAGACGGCGCGGCGGCAGGAGCGGCUCAUGGCUAGUGCUGUCGAUGGUGCUGCUGCCGGGCACGGUGCUGCUGCGGCUGCUGCGGCUGGGUCUGCUGCGGGAAAUGAUGAUGGUGGUGGUGGGGAUAAGUACGCGGUGGUGAGGGAGAUGUUGAGGGAGGGGAGGAGGGAGGAGAGGAGGGAGAGGGGGAAGGGGAUGGGGAUGGGGAGAAAGAGUGGUGGGGGGUGGGGAGGUGGCGGGGAGAAGGGGGGGAGGGUGCGGCCGCCAGGUCGGCUGGUUGUGUUGAAGGGGCGGGAGGGGGAUUGGGAUGAGGAUGCGGCGAUGGCGGCGGCGGUGGAGGGGGGGUUGGCGAGGUUGAGGGAGAGGGAGGGCGAGGGGGGAGGUUAG